AGUAUGUACGGAAAUUUGGUGUGGAUGGGGAUGAUGGUGAGGGGUAAAGGAUUCUAGGGGGAAAGACGAAAUGCAAGAAUGCGAUGUGCAAUGUCGAACGGCAAACACGAGGAAGACACUAUCGUGCCACUGACUAUGACAGUUAGGGUACACGAUUGAUACAUACGGUCCUGGUUUUCUGGAAAUCGUCAGCGGUCCGGGGCCAUUAAACGCGUUAUAUGUGUCUUGCAAUUUGAUCCCACGGCGCAAAGAGUACACUUGAUCGGAGAAGUAAUUUACGCAAAUUCCUGGACAUCUCUGGGAUCUCUGCAGGUGGGCCUCCUGAAUUUCUUCCCGAUCUUCGAUGGUUUGAUAUCACACACAGUGAUAGUUAUUUUAUCGUAUUGUCUACAUCUAGAAGACUAGAAAUUGAUCAAAUAAAAGAGGAAGAAUCCAGAACGACAAGAUUUCGCAUAAUCCAGGAGCUAAUUUUGCUUCCGCUAAUUCGCCUGUGACGAAAAUUUAUCGUGUAAAUGAACGUGUAAUUUUGAGAAGUAAUGCAAGGCAUGAUGCCAGUUAAGACAAAAUCUCGUAUUCCUGAAACAAUGGGAGUAACGAAUGGAUUAGUGGAUGCUAGAGCAAAGCAGGUUUUGAGAGAGGCAGUAGACGCAGUUGUCAAUAGUUUUGCUAAACAUACUCAGGGUUAUGGAAGAGUGAAUGUGGUAGAGGCGCUGCAAGAAUUCUGGCAAAUGAAGCAAAGCAGAGGCACAGAAUUAAGAAAUGGAGCAUUAGUAAUUUACGAAUCCGUCCCAGGUGCUAGUCCACCAUAUGUUUGCUAUGUGACCCUUCCUGGAGGAUCUUGUUUUGGAAGUUUUCAAAAUUGUCCCACAAAAGCUGAAGCACGUAGAUCAGCGGCAAAAAUAGCAUUGAUGAAUUCAGUGUUCAAUGAACAUCCAUCACGAAAAAUUACAGAUGAUUUCAUAGAGAAAGCUGUAGCUGAAGCAAGAGCAAGUUUUGCAAAACCUUCGACUACGCCUAAUGGUGUUAGCAAUCAAACUCAAGGAAAUGGUGAUGAUAAAGAAGAUCCAAAUACUGGAAUUGGUGCAUUCCGUUUUAUGUUAGAAUGUAAUCGUGGGAGAACAAUGUUAGAAUUUCAAGAACUUAUGACAGUUUUUCAGUUACUUCAUUGGAAUGGUUCAUUGAAAGCUAUGCGAGAAAGACAGUGUAGUAGACAAGAAGUAGUAGCGCAUUAUAGUCACCGUGCAUUAGAUGAUGACAUGCGUAGUCAAAUGGCACUUGAUUGGGUUGCCAGAGAACACGAAAGUGGUGGUGGGGUUGUUGCAAUGGAAUUAGCUUUAGCGGAAAGAGAACUCGAAACGGCGCGUUUAGCAGGACGCGAACUUAGAUUUCCAAAGGAAAAAAAAGAUAUACUAAUGUUGGCUCAUGCUCAAGUUUGUCCUCAAUGAAUUAUUUGAGGUAACAUACUUUUUAAGACUUUAUGAGACUGGUUUUUUGAAAAUUGGAUCAUUUAAAAAGAUAAGCAAUUCCUGUGCCUUGUAAAGAUCGAAUUUUCAAAAAUAGUGAUUCACUCUUCAUUUGUUAUUCACUUUUCAUCAUUAGACAAUUUUGUUUUAUCAAUAUAUUUUUUUUUAUAAGAAAUAUGUUACACAGAAUUUUGUGAUAAUACACUUUCAAAGGAAUUUAAAAAUUCAGUGAAAUGUGUGCCCAUGGUAUUCUAAGUACUUAAUCUAUAUAGAAAUCAAUUGAAGCAGAAAUAUUGUAGAUGUUUAACGCACUACAUACGUAAACGUUUUAAAUACAUAAAUUUGUCUUCCA